UCGGGGCCGGUGUGUGCGUGUGUGUGUGUGUGUGUGGACGGCAGGCAGCGAGCAGGCCAUGUCUGGGCGUGUGCUGUGGGCGUGUGGGCGGCGGGGGCUGUGGGCGGCCAGGACGCUGGGCCGCGGCUACCACUCAGACACGGCCAACGUGAUAGGGUCAGCGCCGGACAGGUCAGCACAGGAGUUCCAGGAGAAUGAGGCGCGCAUGCAGGCCCUGGUGGAUGAGCUGCAGGGGCGGGUGCAGGCGGUGACGCAGGGCGGAGGGGAGAAGGCCAUCACCAGACACAAGAGUAAAGGCAAGCUGCUGGUGAGGGAGCGCAUCACCACCCUGCUGGACCCUGGCACACCCUUCCUGGAGUUGUCGCAGAUGGCAGGGUUCAAGCUCUACGGCAAGGAGGAGGUGCCAGCGGGGGGGAUUGUGACGGGCAUUGGCAGGGUGGCAGGGGUCGAGUGCAUGAUCGUGGGGAAUGACGCAACAGUGAAGGGCGGCUCAUACUACCCCAUUACCGUCAAGAAGCAUCUCCGCGCGCAGGAGGUGGCGCGCGAGAACCAUCUACCGUGUGUCUACCUGGUUGAUUCCGGUGGCGCCAAUCUCCCCCGGCAGGCAGACGUGUUCCCAGACCGAGACCACUUUGGGCGGAUUUUCUACAACCAGGCGCAGAUGUCCUCCCAAGGGAUUAGCCAGGUGGCAGUGGUGCUGGGGUCAUGUACAGCUGGGGGGGCUUAUGUUCCUGCAAUGGCGGACGAGUCUGUGAUCGUUCGAAAACAGGGCACCAUCUUCCUGGCCGGCCCUCCCCUGGUGAAGGCUGCCACAGGGGAGGAGAUCAGUGCGGAGGACCUAGGGGGUGCUGACCUCCACUGUGGCAAGUCCGGGGUCACAGAUCACUACGCGCUGGAUGACACCCACGCCCUGCACCUCACCCGCCGGAUCGUGCGCACACUCAACCGUACCAAGCAGCCGCAGGUGAGUCUCCCCCCCCAGGCCGAGGUGCGGGAGCCUCUCCACGACCCCCGCGACCUGUACGGCAUCGUGGGAGAUAACCUCAAGAGGACCUACGACGUGCGGGAGGUUGUGGCGCGCAUUCUGGAUGGCUCGGAGUUUGAUGAAUUUAAGGCGCGGUUCGGGGAGACGCUGGUAUGUGGAUUCGGGCGCCUGUUCGGAUACCCGGUUGGCGUCAUCGGGAACAACGGGGUGCUGUUCUCCGAGGCAGCGCAGAAGGGCACGCACUUUAUACAACUCUGCUGCCAGCGCUCCAUCCCCCUCGUCUUCCUGCAGAACAUUACCGGGUUCAUGGUGGGGCGUGAGGCGGAGGCUGGGGGCAUCGCCAAGAAUGGGGCCAAGAUGGUCAUGGCCGUGUCCUGCGCUAACGUGCCCAAGCUUACCGUCAUCAUUGGGGGGUCAUACGGCGCUGGCAACUAUGGCAUGUGUGGGCGGGCCUAUGGGCCAAGGUUCCUCUAUAUGUGGCCGAACAGCAGGAUCAGUGUGAUGGGAGGGGAGCAGGCAGCAGGGGUGUUGGCUCAGAUCACAGCAGAACAGCGGAAGAGGGAAGGGAAGCAGUGGACACAAGAGGAAGAAGAUGCACUUAAAAACCCCAUUAUCAAGAGGUUUGAGGCGGAGGGGUCACCUUACUAUUCCAGCGCAAGACUCUGGGAUGAUGGUAUAAUUGAUCCAGCCCAAACCCGUCAAGUUCUGGGGCUGUCGCUGUCGGCCGCCCUCAACGCUCCCAUACCCAAGACAGACUUCGGGGUGUUCAGGAUGUAAUGGGUGAUGGGUAUGGGUAAUAGGGGGAAUGGGGGUGUCAGAAUGGGUGUUUUUUUAUUUUCGUUUUUUCUCUCCUUUUUUAUUUAUUUUUUAUUUCAUUUCCUCAACUUUCUUCUUCUCUCUUCCCCAUUUCCAUAUCCCAUUUUUUAUCCCCAUUUCCAUAUCCCAUUUCUAUAUCCCCAUUUCCUUUCCCCUUUUCAUAUUUCCUAACCAAUUUCUUUUCCCCACUUCUCUUAUCCCCAUUUCCUAUCCCCAUUUCUCUUCCCCAUUUCUAUUUUCCUAUUUCCUUCCCCCCCUUUCCAUACUCCCAAAACUCCCAUGUCUCCCCUGUUUCCUAACCAAUUUAUUUUCCCCAUUUCCAUACCCCAUUUCCUUCCCCUAUUUCGUUACUUCCCAAAAACCUCAUGUCUCCUGAACACCCAUUUCUGCCUAACCAAUUUCUUUUCCUCAUUCCUCUUCCCCAUUUCUUUUCCCCAUUUCCAUAUCCCAUUUCUGUUUCCCCAUUUCCUUCUCCUUUUUCCUUACUUCCCAAAAACCUCAUGUCUCCUGAACACCUAUUUCUGUUUUACCCUAUUUCAUAACCAAUUUAUUUUUCCCAUUUCUUAUCCCAUUUCCACAUCCCAUCUCUAUUUCCCCAUUUCCUUCCCCUAUUUCCUUACUUCCCAAAAUCCCAUGUCUCCUGCACACCUAUUUUCCCCAUUUCUCUUCCCCAUUUCUUAUCCCCAUUUCCAUAUCCCAUUUCUAUUUCCCCAUUUCCUUCCCCCCAUUCCUUACUUCACAAAACCCCAUGUCUCCUGCACACCUAUUUCUUUUUUACCCAAUUUCCAAACCAAUUUAUUUUACCCAUUUCUUUAACUCCAUUUUCUCCCCCCUCCAUUUCCUUACCUUUUUCUCCUCCCCAUUCCCUUAACCCCUUUCUCUUCCCUAUUUCCUUAUACCCAUUAAAACCCCAUUCCUUUCACCCCCCCCCAUUCCCCCCACCCCCUCACCUGCCCAGCUCAUUAAUGGAAAAAAAAGGAAAGGAAAAAAUUUAAUUGGUAGGUUGGAUUUGUAUUUUGUGAAGUAGAUUGUUAUUUUUGUUAUUAUUAUUAUUAUUAUUGUUAUUAUUGGAGAGAGAGAGAGAGAGAGUAAUAAUAAUAAUAAUAAUAAUAAUAUAUGUAAUUAACUAUGCAGGUGUACAUAGAGAUAUAUAGGAAACAGGUGUGUGUGUGUGUGUGUGUGUGUGUGUGUGUGUGUGUGUGUGUGUGUGUGUUAGGAUGAAAGAGUGGAGAUGCUGGUUAACUCUUGCAUAAGGGAUUGGGACAGUACAGGGGUGAAAGAGUGUGUGUGUGUGUGUGUGUGUGUGUGUGUGUGUGUGUGUGUGUGUGUG